AUGGCGACUGAUCAGUUCAAGGCAAAGACUUUAUUCGAUUUGAUGAAGCAUCACUUCGAAACCGAAGAGGGUAAACUGCUUUGCAAGAAAGUUAAUCUCGUUUACCAGAUCAAUCUCGCACCCAAGUUUACGGUUGAAGCUCAUCUUCAUGUUUCAAAUGUUCAAGUUAUUGAUCUAGUCACAGGGAAGCCUUGUAAAGUUGGUAUUAAGUAUCUUGAAGAUGGAACCAAAGUAAGAGUAUCCAGAGGCCUGGGUGCAUCAGGAUCCAUUAUUUCUCGUCUUGAGAUAUUGAAGAUAAGGACUACGCCAAGGCCUAUAGUUGCUGGUCCAAAGGUUACUCCAAUGGAUGUUGUGAUGGAGAAGACUUAUGAUGCAAAAAUAGGGCGAGGCAUGCCUGAACUUUGA